CUACCGCGAGACUGUGUACGAAAACUGCGCGUGCGUCGUUUCGUUACAGAAUGGAAAAACGAGGACUGCGGUCGAGGGCUGCGAUGAAUGACACAAAUUUUCGCUCAUAAUGGCCUGUUUUAAGCUUUGAAAUCAUGGUAAACACGCCGAAGAGGAUCUAUUGUUGAACUACCACAAGUUCAUGAAGAUGGAAAACUGAAUCUAGAGGCAGAGGCACACAUAUAGAACUGACCACAGUGACAUCAAGAUGAAUCAGUUUCAGCAAGAUUUUCAACAGUGGAUGCUGCUGCAGCAGCAACUGCAACAGAUGUAUCAGCAAAACGUGCAGCAGCAAACACAAGGGUCAGGAUUUGAACUUCUGUUUGCAUUGCGGGAAAGACGAAUGGAUUUCAAUGGCCAACUUCAAAAGUGGGAGAGGGAAUUCAAGCAAUGGAAAGAUGACCACAUGGGCCAUCCAAACAAGGCGCAGUUUAACAGUUACCUUGAGCUGUGGAAAGGAUGGCAGGUGCAGAUGGAAAAUACGCUUAGGGAAAUCCAGCAGCAGAUAGUUAAUGAAGAAGAUGCAAUUCGGGCCAGGGGAAUGGUCGUCCCUCCAGAGGUCCAUCAAAAAGGUCGUGGAAAAGAACAAGGGCAGAGUAAGGAGUUAGGAAGGGGUCCAGGAAUGGGUUCAGGUAUGGGUCCAGGUACUGGUCCAGGCAUGGGUCAAGGCAUGGGACAAGGUAUGGGUCUAGGUAUGAGUCAAGGCAUGGGUCCAGGUAUGGGUCAAGGCAUGGGUCCAGGAAUGGGUCAAGGAAUGGAUCACAGUAUGGGUUCAGGUAUGGGUCCAGGAAUGAGUCCAGGAAUGGGUCCAGGAAUGAGUCCAGGAAUGAGUCCAGGAAUGGGUCCAGGAAUGAGUCCAGGAAUGGAUCCAGGUAUGGGUUCAGGUAUGGGUCAGGGGAUGGGUCAAGGUGUGGGUCCAGGAAUGAGUUCAGGCAUGGGCCAAGGAAUGGGUCAAGGAAUGGGUCAAGGAAUGGGUCCAGGAAUGGGUCCAGGAAUGGGUCCAGGAAUGGGUCCAGGGAUGGGUCCAGGCAUGGGUCAAGGUAUGGGUCAAGGCAUGGGUCAAGGUAUGGGUCAAGGCAUGGGUCAAGGUAUGGGUCAAGGUAUGGGUCCAGGCAUGGGUCCAGGCAUGGGCCUAGGCAUGGGUCCAGGCAUGGGUCCAGACUUGGGUCCAGGAAUUGAUUCAGGAAUGAGACCAAGAAUGGGACAAGGUAUUGGUCAAGGAAUGGAUCCUGGAAUGAAUUUGGGCAAACCUGGUAUGAGACCAGGAGUGAAUCCUGGGGAACUUUGUCCGCGGGCUCAUGGAGGUGACGCAAGAAGACCAGGACAUAUGGAUCCAAGGGAUAUGGGUCCCGAUGGUGUUGGUGUGAGAGAUUUAAAUGGAAGGGGUCCAAGAGGUCCAGGUGGUGUCCAUCCCAGAGAUCCAAGAAGAUUAGGCCCUGGUGGGAUGGGAUCUGGUGACAUGGAUUCUAAAGGUCCUGGUUCAGUGGGCCCAAGGGGCCCAAUUGACCAUGGAACAAUGCUUAUGGAGGGUCAAAGGGAAAUAGGUCCAAGAUUUGCUGGUGGAAGGGGUUCAAGGGGUCCAAGAGGCCCUGGUGGAAUAGAUCCAAGAGUUCCCGUCGGUAUGCGUCCAGUGGGUUCAGGUGAUAUGGGUCCGAUGGGUUCAGGUGAAAUGGGUCCAAGGGGUCCAGGUGGCAUGGUUCCAAUGGGUCAAGGUGACAUUGGUCCAAGGGGUCCAGGUGAUAUGGGUCAUAGGGGCCUCGGUGACAUGGGUCCCAUGGGUCUAGGUAAUAUGGGUCCAAGGGGUCCUGGUGAUAUGGGUUCUAGGGGUCCAGGUGAUAUGGGUCCCAUGGGUCCAGGUAAUAUGGGUCCAAGGGGUUCAGGUGACAUGGGUCAGAGGGGUCCAGGUGAUAUGGGUCCCAUGGGUCCAGGUAAUAUGGGUCCUAGGGGUCCAAGUGACAUGGGUUCAAUGGGCCCUGGUGAUAUGGGUCCUAGGGGCCCAGGUGACAUUGUCCCAAGGGGUUUAGGUGAUAUGGGUCAAAGGGGUCCAGGUGACAUGGGUCAAAGGGGUCCUGGUAAUUUGGGUCCUAGGGGUCCAGGCAAUAUGGGUCUGAGGGGUCCAGGUGAUAUAGUUCCGAGGGGUCCAGGUGAUAUGGGUCCGAGGGGUCCAGGUGAUAUGGGUCCAAGGGGUCCAGGUGACAUGGGUCCAAGGGGCCCUGGUGACAUGGGUCCAGUUGGUCCUGGUGAUAUUGGGCAAAUUGGUCCAAGGGGUCCUGAAAGAAUAGGCCAAAGGGGUCCUGGAUCAUUCGGUCCAAGUGGCCCUGGACCUAUAGUUCCAGCUGGAGAGGGCCCUGGAGAGUUUCAAGGACCUAGACACGACAUGGCUCCACCUCCUGUUAGUAACCCACAAGGAAUUAAUAGUGGCAUGCUACCUGGUGUUAUGGAUCCUCGAGGAUUAGGAAUAUCAACCAGCAUGGGUGGACCAAGUGUGAACAUGCAAAUGGGAAUGCAAGGCAUUGCACCCCAACAAGUGAUAGGUCCACAAGGAAUAUGGCAGCAGGGAAUGCUACAACCAGGAGUUCAACAGAGUGGCCUCGAGCAUCAACCAAUGAUGAAUCAAAACAUUGGAAUACAAGGAGUCGUUCCGCAGAAAGUGAUGACUCAAGGCGUGUCUUUUCCAAAACAACCUGAACCAGAACCUGUUGUAGUAGUUGUACCCAGCAAACCACCGAAAGAAAACUCUUCAAAAGACAAGGCCAAAAACAAUUUAGUCCCACCAGGUGUGGACUUCUUUUCACCUCCAACAAUUGGUCCUCCACCCAAGAUACCCACUGCAAAAGCUGAGGAAGAAGAACAACCUGAACCUGCGAAAGACAUUUCUGAUUCUGACAAGAUAUCUGCCUGGCCACCUACAUCCCAAGCUGGGAAAGUCGCAAUAAAAAAGUACCCAUCUGUGAAGAAAGAACCACCCAUUAUUAUAAAACCAAUUGUAGAGAAGACUGACAAAGUUUCUGGCAAGCAGUCUUCAUCAGCUUCUAAAGAGGAACCUGAGCAGUCACAAACUAAAUCAAAGUCAGAGGAUUCAAAGUCAGAUGAUUCAAAGGAGGUCAUCGAAGUGGAAAAGAUGGAAUCUGCCGCAAAGUCCGAUGACUCAAAAGCUUCAUCAGAUACAAAGGUUGCAUCAACGAAACUGGCCACUGAGAAGGUAGAAGUUGGUGGCAAGGUUAAAAAAGAAAUUAGUUCAAGUGUAAAGGAUAAGUACAAUUCCCUGACCCUAAAAGAAGAUACUCAAAAGGAACCACAGUCUUACAUUAAACUGAGCAAAAAGAACUACACUUCAAUCUUUCCGCUUAGAAAUCGAGACCGUUUCCGGCGAAGGUUGAGUAAAAGUAAAAGCAAAAGUAAGAGUAGAAGUCGCAGCAGAAGCCCUCGCAAAACAAAUCGAAGCAAAAGCAGGAGCCGCAGCCGGAGCAGGAGUCGUAGUCGUGGCAAGAGCAGAAACUGGAGCAAAAACCGAAGUCGUAGCAGAAGUAGGAGUCCGAGCAAGGGAAAAACUCGAAGCAAAAAUAGGAGCAGAAGUAGGAGUCGGAGCAAGGGCAGAAGUAGGACUAGGAACAGAAGUAGAAGUCGAAGCCGGACCAGGAGCAGAAGUCGCAGCACGAGUAGAGGCCGUGACAGGAGCCGUAGGAGCUGGGAUCGCAGUCAUAGCUAUGGCAGAGAUCGUGGUCGCAACAUGAGUCCUUCCCGAAGUGGCAAUAAGUAUCCUUUCCGGGAUCGUUAUAGGAGUCCCAAUAGAAUUCGUAACAGAAGUCCCAACAGAAGAGAACCAUUUCCGAGAGAUCUGCCUGAACGAGCAGGCAGUAGGCAGUCUGAAUUGCCAAGGAGCUACAGGCUUGACUCCCCACCUCAAUCUCAGGCUCCAGCAAUGCAGGCCGUAAGCGCUGCCUCCACAGUGCAAGAAUUAAGUGAUAGAGAGCAUGAUAUUAUCCUGAAAGCUGCACAGGAGUUAAAAAUGAUCAGAGAACGCCAGAAGAAACUACUUCCUGGUGGUCCAGAAGGAGGAUCAGCACCCAUAAAAGACAUGCUAGUUGAUAAACUGGUUCCAGAACGUGAGAGACUUGAUCCUGAGAGAAUGCAGCAUCCCAUGGGCAGGCCGGGACUAGACAGGUAUAGAGGCGGAAAGGAAGUGGGAAGAUUCCAUCCUGAAGGGUUGCCACGAGAGGGGUUGCCUCGUUACCGUGGUGAAGGGGAGCCCUACCCACCAAGGGAAGAAUUCUAUGACCGGGAAGGUCCUUACGUGAGAGGACCACCACGCUACAAGGAUGACCCAUACCGCCGGGAUCCCUAUGCAGAGGGCACUUACCGUCCCUAUCCACCUGAGGAUUGGGAAUAUGAAGAAGAACGGGUUCGUGUUGGGAGGCUACGUGAUAUAGAACGGAGAUUGGACAUGGAACUUGGCUUUAGACGAGAACAAUUUGAAUUGGACAGGCAAGGUGUAGGUAGAGGGUAUGAUACAGGCAGGCCAGCUGACCCUGACUAUCCCAGACACCCUGUUGAGCCAAGGGGUCUGGGAACAGCCGAAGGUCGGCCGAUUGGGAGAGCUGGGGAAGGUCGGAUGAUGAGAGCUGGGGAAGGUACGAUGGAGAGAGCUGCCGAAGGUCCGAUGGUGAAGACUUUCGACUAUGGUCAUGGUCAAGGAGGUGACUCGCCACAUGCAGAGCAAAGGUAUGACAGAGGAGAUAGUCGCUAUGAUGACAGAGACCCCCGAGGCCCUGAGAGAUAUCCAGAAGAGAUGGGCCGCGAGCGUGGAUUCUAUGAUGAAAGGGAUCCUGCAAGACUUAACAGGGAAGAUCAGGGAAGAGACUUGCGGCCAGAUGACAGGAAUCGUGGUGACUUUGACCGGGAUCGUGAGAGAUAUGAGAGGGAUGUAGCUGAAGACGGUGGUAGACAGUACAGAGAGCAACCAGGAAGACCUUAUGAUGACAGGGAGGCUGGACUACGGGACACCGAUGAUAGAGAUUACAACCGUCCAAUGCAGCCUCGUGAUGAUCCUCGGCAAUCAGAUUGGCAGCAACAGGAGCAACAGAGGUUUGAGCCACGGCAGAGUGAUUCAAAGCAUCAGCAGACUGAUCCCAAGCAUCAUCAGUAUGGUAGUGAGGCUCCCCGCUAUAGCAAAGAACCCAGGCAAUUUGAGCAAGAUGUGGCAGGCCAGGGAAGGGAUCCCUAUGAAUCAGACGACAGUCGGUUUGUGUCUACAAGUUACCCAUCAACUGUUGAUGAAUAUGAGGGUCCUUACGCUGUGGAUGAACGGCCACCUUUACAACUCUAUCCACCACCCCCACCGCCUCCACCACUUGCUGCUGAAGAACCCAAACCAAAGAGCAUUCCUGUCGAGGAUCUGCUGAAGAAUCCGGGUCGUCAUCAUCGCCCCAAGCAGAUUGUUAUCAUUCUCAGAGGGCCUCCAGGCAGUGGCAAGACAUACGUCUCUAAGCUCAUCAAGGGUCUGGAGACUAAGAUGGGUGGUCAUGUGCCUCGCAUGCUGUGCCUGGAUGACUACUUCAUGACAGAAGUAGAAAGGAUGGAGACGGAUCCAGAAACUGGGAAGAAGUUCCUUCUCAAGGUUCUGGAGUAUGAGUAUGAGGCAGUCAUGGAGAUUGCUUACCGCACCAGUCUAUUGAAGUCCUUCAAGAAGACUAUAGAUGAUGGCUUCUUUGAUUUCAUCAUAGUCGAUGCCAUCAAUGACAAGAUGCAGUAUGUGGUUCCAUUCAGAAACUACAGCAAACUCAAAGGCUUUGAGGUAUUUGUUGUGGAAAUGAUGGCUGAUGCUGCCACCUGUCACAAACGAGACACUCACAAUCGUGGUCUGCCUGAUAUACAGAAGAUUAAUCGCAAUUUUGAACCUCUGCCAGCUGACUACACCCGACUUGAUGUGCGUUCUCUCCUACAGGAUGAUUGUAUUGAAGAGGUGGAGAUGGAGGAUUUUGAUGAGGAAGCAGAGGCAGCCAGACAGAAGGAAGAGGAAGAAGACGAAGAUGAAGAUGAACUGGGUGUGUUCGUCAAGAGUAAAUGGGAGACAGCGAGUGGAGAGAAACUUGACAAACUUGAUGGAGUGCGAUCCUACGGCAAGCGUAAACAUUCAGCGGAGGAAUCCCAAGUUCAGAGUAUGGAGGACUAUCUAGGCAUGUCAGACUACACACAAGAUGCACACAGGGAUCCUAAUGCCAAACGGGUACGCUGGGCUGACAUUGAAGAGAAGAAAGACCAGGAGCGAAAGCGAGCCUUGGGAUUUGUGGUCGGCCAGACGGCGCAAGACUGGGCUAAAAUCACUGAUGAUAACUUUGCAGAGAAAGCUCUCAAUCGCACCAAGUACUUCUGAGGUCAGUUGACCAAUAAGAUAGCAAUUAAUCACUGAGCAGUAGCAAGGAGAUGGUGUAUGUAUGCGUUGAACCACAAGCUUUGACUCUACAAUGUUGGUGGUCUCUGGAGGACUUGCGCAUAUAAUGUCAAGCUAUUGAUGGCCGCCUUAUGCUGACUUUCCAUAUGCAUGGUUUCAGUCUUCUUGUUUGUCUGCUGCGUAUCUAGGCCUAUUCUACAUAGGAAACCUAAUAUGCAGCAGACACAAAAUGUUCAUAUGGGAAGGCAGUUUAACACUCAGAACAUCAUCGAGUACGCAGCCAGUUAAAAGAAGUAUAGCACAGGAUGAUGCCCAAAUGUUCAUUGUUAGAACAGGUUCCUGAAUUGUAAUUAUCUUUUCAAGAUGUCGGGUGUUUUUUCAUUGAGAGGACUUUCAAACUUUUAUGCCGUUCGUCAGAUCAGACUUUGUAGUUUUUGCAAUCACAAAAUUGGUGGUGGACUUAUUUCGUGCAGUUUCUUCAACAACCAAAUUCUCUCCAAAUUCAUAUUUGAUAGGAACAAUUUUAUGAGUGAAUAAGUAACCACCAAACAAAUGUUCAAAAAUAAUAGUAGAUUUAGUUGUGUUGAGGAUUUGGAUCCAUCUAAUAGUUAAAGAUCAAGUUCAUGAGAAACUUCAGCCGUAUGCUAUCAAUUAUCAAAAAUCUUCACAGGAUUACUUCUAGCUCUAUCUCCUGUUAGUCUCGUGGGGUUUAUUGUUUGAGUCACCAGUUAUACCUCCUAAAGUGAGAAGAAAUGUUUCUCUGGCCAUUGAUGUCUACAUCAGCAUUCAUCUUGAUGGUGUGUGAAAUUGUAAAAAAAAACAACUAAAUAAACAGUGAAUUUUUCAUGGCUUACUGCAUCUGUGGUCCAGAAAAGACAGUGACUAACUGUUCAUCUAUGAGAAUGUGAUGAUAACAUCAUCAUCAUCAUAUUGUCCAAAAGACAGUUACUUUUACCUCACCUAAAGCUAGAAAAUACUACUAGUAGUAAACUGUAGUAUGCACUACUUCAGGGUAUAAGCGAGCACAGCACUCUAAGUAUUUUGUGGUAUCGGGUACUUUACCCCAAAUUUACUCUUAAGGGUUAGGGUUAAACAAAGAAUACUUAUUUACUUGUUUCUCAUGCAUUUGCCUUCUGUAAUCUGUAUUGAUAUUUUUUUUGUAAAAAUACUUCCUGAUCAGUGCACCAUCACUCUGCUGAAUUGUUAAAACAGCGUAGAAGCUAUUUGUGAAUAGCAGUUGGGAUUUUCUGUUAAUUGUUAUACAUGUACUUGAUAAUUCAAUACUGCGUGUUAUCAGAAACAAGCUUUGUAGCAGUUAGCAGUAAUCAAAUCCGUAGUUUAGACAUUUACUGUGGCUUUUAAUUAAAGUAUUUCUUUUGUCAGAAAGACUAGCAUUGUAAGGAACAAACUUUUGUUGUGUUUUACUUAAAAAUGUUAAGACCAAAAAAGAAGCAGUUGAGUUUAGGUUCUUAGGUAUAAAUUCAAGGAAGUAAAAACAGUGUUGGAAUGAAGUGUACAUAUUUAUGUGAUGUUCUUGAGGCAAUCGAUGUGCUGUAGUGGCAUACAUCGGGCAUGCAUACUUUCAGGGCAGGUUUUGUACAUGUAGAAUUAACCAUUCAGAUUUGGAACAGUUGGGCUACUGCAUGCACUAUGCAGUCUUCGAUCAAUACAUUUCGACUUCUUUGAAGUAUUUUUUAUCAUAGCAGUAUUGAGGUAAUAUGCCAAUUCCCUAGAUUAGGCCUAUGUCAUUGUCAUGCUGUGCCAUUUGCAGUAUCAAAUUUAAUUUCGGAAUUAGACUACGUAAUUAUCAAAAAUGCUGGAUAUUAUACGAUGGCUAAAUUGCGUAUCAGAUAACUUGAACUACUGACUGCAUCAAUGUAUAGUUCCACGGAAGAAAUUCAGUUUAACCAUCUUUUUUCAGUAGAAAUAUAAACAAUUAAGGUAUUAUAUACUAUUGACGAAGUAAGGGUCAUUUUGAGAAAUAGCAAUGUCAACGACGAUGCCCUAAUCAAACCCAAAGUUGCUCAAAUCAAAGCAAACGUCCUGGCAUUAUUCUCUUUCAAAAGUCGUUUGCUGAUAAAUUCGUGGUACACCAGGACCACCUCACAGCUAGCUAUUACUGUAGAGUGUCAAUGUUAUUAGACUUGACAAAUUAGUAUAAAUAACCUUUUACUUUAACACGCGGUGUGGUCCAUUUUAUGACGCUGUUUUGUCUAGAUAUGUGCGCCAUUAAAUUCUGGCACUGUAUGAAACAGUUUAUUUA